CCUACCAAGCAAAUACCUCCUUCAAUUCACCUUUCUCUCUCUAAACCCUCUCAGUCUCAAUCUCACUCUUCUCUUCUCUGUUUCUAUACCUUCUAGUCAUUAUCAUCUUGACUCUUAAGUCUUCUUCUCCGAACCCAUUAACCCUUAUCCUCAAACGCACUAAGCUCAAUUUUUCCCAAUCAAAUUCAUCAUCAAAAUCAAAUCUUUCUUUCUUUCAACCUAUUUUAUACCUACCUCAACUAUUUAACCUUCCAAUUCCAACCAAACGGACCAAAACCUAAAAGCCCAAAACCCUCUCUACUCACUUUCCUCUCUGUUUUGUGACUCUGUUCCUCUCUGUUUUAACUCUGUUCCUCACCCAACUCAUACGACAAUACCUCGAGAUGACACGCACGCUGAGAAUUCUCAAAUCCACGGACAACGCCACAGCCAUGAUAGCUGCGGCGCCACCGCCGGAGGCCGUGGCUUUGGAGUCAGAUUUCGUGGUGAUUCUGGCAGCCCUUCUCUGCGCCCUCAUAUGUGUAGUGGGACUCGUCGCCGUCGCCCGCUGCGCGUGGCUCCGGCGAGGUACCGGCACCGGCGGAAGCUCUCCUCGGCAAGCUUUGGCGAACAAGGGCCUGAAGAAGAAGGUGCUCCAGUCGCUGCCAAAGUUCGCUUACGUCGACAGCAACCCGAGCAAGUGGGUUGCCACGCCGGAAUGCGCGAUUUGUUUGUCGGAUUUCGCCGCCGGCGACGAGAUCCGGGUGCUGCCGCAGUGUGGGCAUGGGUUUCACGUGGGCUGCAUAGACACGUGGCUUGGGUCCCACUCGUCGUGCCCUUCGUGUCGGCAGGUUCUGGUGGGUGUGACGAGGUGCCAGAAGUGCGGGCGGUUCCCGGCGGCGAGCGGCGGAGCCACCAGAAUGGCGGUUAGUGAACCUGAAUUGAAGUCCAGAGAAGACAAUGCUGCUGCUAGUAAUAAUAAUAUUAACGGCGGUAGUUGUAGUAACAGUAACAGUGGGUUCUUGCCUUGAAACAAAACAACUCUAGUUUUUUUUUCUUUUUUUUUUGUAUUUAUUAGUAGUUUUUAUUUUAAUUUUGUACUUUUUUAAUCCCUUGAAGUUGGUCAGAGAGAACGGAAUUUGGACAAUUUCUCACUUUAUAAUAAUACAAUCCUAAUUGUUGCGUAUAAUACUAUAAUGUCACAUUUUUAUUGUUAUUACAUUUGAGUAUAAUGUAUAUAUAUUUUUGU